AUGUUCAGGAGUACGACUAUAUUUUUUAGCGCUGUUUUGUUAGCGACUCUUCAAGGAUCCUUAACAGUAGCCGAAGACAGUAGGCGCUACGUGUGCCUGUUAUCGGAUCCUCCAAAUCAAUGCAGCGAAUAUUGCGUAUCCGCACUGCAGCCAAUAAUUGAUCACAUUACUAAUGGGCAGACGGAUUGGAAUACCUGCGAGGUGAAGCUAAACGAAACCCAGGAGAUUCUAGACCGGAUAGAAGAUCAGUUGACGGUGUCACAGCUCCAUGCAGAGAAUCAUCUGGUAUCCCUGCAGGCCAACUUGACGAAGGCUGUCCCGCAGGACCUAGAUGGAAGGCUAGACAGGAUAGAAGGCAAUCAGACAGACUUUGAAGGCCAGUUGAAAGCUGCCCAGUUGAAGACGGACAGCCAGCUAGCAAGCAUAAAGGAAACCCUAUCACAAAUUGACAGGAAAAUUCAGCUACAGAGAUAUCAACAGAUAGGAUCGCGGUAUUUCUUCAUCGAACACAAUGUAAAGGUGAACUGGACAACAGCCGGACAGAUGUGUAUAGAUAUGGAUGGCCAUUUGGCAGCCUUCCGGAAUGAUAUCGAGUUCAACGGCAUAGCUGGGCAACUAAAAAAUGAUAAUUACUGGACGGGGAUCAACGAUAUCGACAAAAAGGGCCAGUUCAUGUCCUGGGCUUCCGGGAAGCGAGCUCCUUAUUUGAAAUGGCGGAAGAAAGAACCCAGGUACGACAACGAUAGCCAGCGUUGCAUCUCCGUUUUGGGGAUUGAAAACGGAAUGGUAGUUCAAUCCUGCACAACUCUUCUGAAGUAUUUCAUUUGCCAAUCAGAUGAUAAAGUUUAAGAGAUUGUAAUAGGAAAAUCAUGUUAAUCAAAAUAUAUACAGCGUCAAAUAAAGAAAUUAAAAAGA